ACAACAUAAAGGUUAUCGUUGUUGGGAUCCAAUAUCACAAAAACUCUGUGUCUCUCGUCAUGUUGUUUUUUGGGAACAUACUAUGUUUGCUUCUCUUUCUGAAUUCAAGGUGUCUCCUUCUCAUCAAACUCCUAUCUUUACUAAUACAUCCCUUGAGUUGUUUCCUAGUGAUGAUGCAGGGUUUCCUGAUGAGCUUUCAAACGAUCAAACUACCAUGGCUCCUAUUUCAAAAGAUGUCUCUUCUGUGGAUACUACACCUACAACAAAUGAGAUUGAAAAUUCACCAAUUGCUUCCUCUUCUAGUCAUCCUACUUGGGUAAGAAAUCCACCUACAUAUCUUCAAGAUUACCAUUGUUUUUCUGCAUUUACCUCUUUACAUGAACCUCAGCAAGCUAUGAAAGAGGAAUUACAGGCUUUGGAAAAGACAAGUACUUGGGACUUGGUUGAUCUUCCUACUGAUGAGACUCUUGUUCGAUGCAAGUGGGUAUACAAGAUCAAAACUCAUUCUGAUGGAUUUGUGGAGCACUAUAAGGCACACCUGGUGGCAAAGGGUUUUACACAAGAAUAUGACAUUAACUAUGAAGAGACCUUUGCUCCUAUUGCUUGUCUGAUCAUAGUAUGCAGUUUACUAGCUAUUGCUACUGUACAUAAAUGAAAGUUGUUUCAGAUGGAUGUGAAGAAUGCCUUUCUUAAUGGUGAUUUACAAAAGGAGGUUUAUAUGAAACCACCUCCUGGACUUACUCAUCCUCCAAAUAAGGUA